GUCAAAGCGGCCAUGUGUGGCUGGAAGGCUGUCAUGAUCUCAUUCUGCUUCAUAUCCCUCUAUGUUGUCACUUGUAUGAUGUUUCCAGGGUUUGGUAUCAGUGACUUCACAAAAUCUGCAAGCAUCCCCCUGCCGAUGUAGCACGUGUGCACGCAGCGGGUGUGACAACAAGAUUCACAGUGGCGGAUUCCCCCCACUGUAUAAGGGCAGUCUAAACGGAGACAAAUCCGUGUUGAACGUCUACCUCACAAUGCAGGAACCAUUUCACAGUUAGAGCCGGCUGCACAGUUAAAAAAGGCCAACUUCCUAAAUUCCGUUCUAGAAGAUCAAUGCUGAAAAAAACAGAGACCAAAUGUUGAAUGACAAGGAUCUGCAGAAUCAGAGUGAAAUGAUAGAACUUUCCCCAAAGAUUUUCAAGACUUUGGUCAAAUUAUUAAGGGACGCUGCUGUAGAGAAGCCAAGCAGUACUGUGGGAAUUGCUGUCGUGGAGAAAGAUAGAGAUGGAAUAAAAAUGAAUUCUGCUGGACUUUCUAACAUUAACAGCAUGUUGGAGAAGAUAUAUCAUGAAGCAGAGAUGCUGAAAGUUGCGAAUAGUGAAACUUUGGCUCCUCUGCUCCUGGAAGACAUCGCGACAGUAGCAUCCGUCAGAAAGACCCAGCCAACAAGUAAGGAAAACACAGUUGCAAGUAUGUCACAGGCCGAGAGUGAGAAUCUUACAAAACAAGUUGUGAUGGAGAAUGUUUCUGAAAGUAAUGCCUCCGUUGGGGAAUCUGGAACCAAAUUCUUACCUGCCCAGGUAGCAAAAGUGAUUCAUCAGCUUUUACAAAAUGCUUCAUUAGCUGAGAGAGUGGAAAUGAUAAAUACACAUUAUCUGCAUGGACAUGGGCAGAAGUUUUCUAAACUUUUUGCAAAGCUGAACGAAGUGAUAGCUAUCGCACCGAAAAUGCUCACAGUGGACAGAAAGGAGGACCUUCUGAUGAGCGAGAGAAUCUUACUGAAGAUUCUUAACCUCAGCAAGAGUGCUCUUCAAGAUCUGAAGGGUCGACUCUCAGGAGAUGUGGCUGGUAAUGCUAAACCAGACGAAUCAUCUCCAAUGAGAAAUGAAUUAAGUGAGCAAAAUUCUAAAUGGAAAGAAUUUAACCAAAUUAAUCACUUUGUGCAAAUGUUUUAUAAGCUGGAGGAAAACCUUUCCAGUCUGAAGCUGAUCUUGGAAUCUCUCAGUAAAGGGAAAAAGCAGGAAUUUGAAUUGGCCCAGCAACUUUUGGAUCAGUCGCUGAAACUGGUUACUCAGUUGGAGCAAAUCCCAUGGCUGAAAGGGAAAAAUGCUUUCAUUGAUUUUGAAUUAGAGGCUUUAAGGGACUUUGCAGGGGUAUUGUCAGAUGCAGAAUUUACGCAGCAGAAGCCAUCAGUCCGAUCAAAUUUAAUGUAUAAACGUGAAGAUGUUAUAUCAAAUUAAACAACUGGGGCUAUCUGAAAUUAUAAUCCGCUGCUGCAAAAGGAGAUAAUCAGUACUUGAAAUGAAUGAUAAUUGAGUAUUUUUAAAAAUGAAUUAUAUGUGCACAAUUAUCUGCUCAUUGUAUUUGGA